CUGUCUUUUUUACUCCACGCCCCUGGCGGCAGUCCAUGCCUCCAGUUAAGAAAUAUUAUAUUUGGGAAGUAAUAUAGUUAAAACCGCAAAAUGGACACAAGGAAGCUGAUCGAAAUAUUGCGCGCCACCAUUGACCCUAACCAGAGGGCGCAGGCGGAGGAGCAGUUAUCCCAGAUCCACAAAAUAAUCGGCUUCGCGCCGACGCUCCUCCAAGUCGUGAUGAUGAACGACGUAGCGAUCCCCGUGCGGCAGGCCGGCGUGGUGUACCUCAAGAACCUCAUCACCUCCGGCUGGCAGGAGAAGGAGCCCGACGACUCGGAACCCCACUUCUCCAUCCACGAGCAAGACCAGGCCAUGAUCCGGGACAGUAUAGUGGACGCCAUCGCGCAGGCGCCCGACAUCAUCCGCGUGCAGCUCUGCGUCUGCCUCCAGACCAUCAUCAAACACGACUUCCCCGCGCGGUGGACGCAGGUCGUCGACAAAAUACACAUAUACUUGCAAAACCCUGAGCCUAACGGGUGGAUGGGGGCGCUCCUGUGCUUGUACCAGUUGAUUAAGAACUAUGAGUACCAGUUGGCCGAGAAGAGGGUGCCGCUGAUCGAGGCCAUGAACCUGCUGCUGCCGAUGCUGUACAACCUGAUCGUGACGCUGCAGCCCGACCAGUCGGCCGAGUCCGUGCUCAUUCAAAAGCAGAUCCUCAAGUGCUUCUAUGGACUGGUUAAGUACAUCCUCCCCCUGGAGCUGAUCACGAAGGAGGUGUUCACCAAGUGGAUGGAGGUGCUGCGCAAGGUUAUGGAGCAGCCGGUGCCGGAGCACACGCUGCAGGUGGACGAGGACGAGCGGCUGGAGCUGCCCUGGUGGAAGUGCAAGAAGUGGGCCGUGCACACCCUCUACAGACUCUUUGAGAGAUACGGCAGCCCCGUGAACACGCGCAAGGAGUACGUGCAGUUCGCGGAGUGGUACCUGACGACCUUCACCGGCGGCAUCCUCGACGUGCUGCUGCGCGUGCUCGACCAGUACCGCAACAAGGUGUACGUGUCCCCGCGCGUGCUGCAGCAGACCAUCAGCUACAUCGACCAGUGCGUGUCCCACUCGCACUCGUGGAAGAUCCUGAAGCCGAACAUGUUCGAGAUCAUCAAGGACGUGCUGUUCCCGCUCAUGUCCUACUCGGAGGCCGACGAGGAGCUCUGGAACACGGACCCGCACGAGUACAUACGGAUCAAGUUCGACAUAUUCGAAGACUUCGUGUCGCCCAUAAUCGCCGCGCAGACGCUCCUGAUAUCGUGCUGCAAGAAGCGGAAAGAGAUGCUGGAGCGGACGAUGCAGCUGUGCAUGCAGGUGCUCGCCAGCCGGGGCGGCGAGUACAGCCCGCGGCAGCAGGACGGCGCGCUGCACAUGGUGGGCACGCUGAGCGACCUGCUCAUCAAGAAGAAGUUCUACAAGGAGGAGAUCGACUCGCUACUCAGCCAGUACGUGUUCCCAGAGUACAGCAACCCGCUCGGCUACAUGCGCGCGCGCGCCUGCUGGGUGCUGCACUGCUUCGUCACGGUCCGCUUCAAGAGCGAGCCGCUCCUCGUCGAGGCCGUCCGACUCACCGUCAACGCGCUCCUCAACGACACAGACCUCCCAGUCAAAGUAGAGGCCGCCAUCGCCCUCCAAACCCUCCUCGGCUCACAGGAAAAAGUCCACAAACUACUCGAACCCCAAGUCAAAGCCGUCACCACCGAACUACUCAAAGUCAUCCGAGAAACUGAGAACGACAACAUCGCCAGCGUCCUACAGAAAAUAGUCCCCCUAUACACAGAGCAGCUCAUGCCAAUGGCGUACGAGAUAACCGAACACCUAGCCACGACGUUCCGUAAAGUCAUCGAGACGGACUCGGGCACGGACGAGAAGGCGAUCACGGCCAUGGGGCUGCUGAACACGAUGGAGACCGUGCUCAACGUGAUGGAGGACAACCCGGAGAUCAUGGCGCAGCUCGAGAAGACCGUGCUCACGGUCGUCGGGCACAUCCUGCAGAAUAACAUUAUCGAAUACUACGAGGAGGCCAUGACACUGCUGUGUAACCUGACGGCGAAGCAGAUCUCGGAGGACAUGUGGAAGGUGCUGGAGCUGCUGUACCAGGUGUUCGAGAAGGACAGCUUCGACUACUUCACCGACAUGAUGCCCGUGCUGCACAACUACAUCACCGUCGACACCGACGCCUUCGUCUCCAACGAGAACCACAUACUGGCCAUGUUCAACAUGGCUAAAGCGGUCCUGAACUCUGACUCGGAAGACGAAUCCGAGAUCUACGCGGCGAAGCUGCUGGAGGUGAUGGUGCUGCAGUGCAACGGCAAGAUCGACAACUGCCUGCCCUCCUUCGUGGAGCUCGUGCUCAACCGGCUCACGCGCACCGUCAAGACCUCGGAGCUAAGGACCAUGCUGCUGCAGGUUCUAAUAGCUAUACUGUACUGCAACCCCGUCCUGCUGUUCACGAUCCUGGACAAGCUGCAGCAGGCCGUGCCCAACGCCUCCAUCACGCAGCACUUCAUCAAGCAGUGGAUACACGACACCGACUGCUUCAUGGGGCUCCACGACAGAAAGCUGUGCGUGCUGGGCAUCUGCACGCUGCUGGAGAUGGGCCCGUGCCGGCCGCCGCUCGAGCCCGUGCUGCCCGACAUCCUGCCCUCGUGCCUCGUGCUCUUCGACGGCCUCAAGCGCGCCUACGAGGCCCGCGCCGAGGCCGACGAGGACACCGACGAGGAGGACGAGGACGACGACCAGGACGAGGAAGUCCUCUCGAGCGACGAGGACGACAUCGAUGACAUGAACAACGAGUACCUGGAGAACCUGUCGCGCAUGGCCGUCAAGAACGCGGCGCAGCAGGGCAUCAACAUGACCGCCAACAUCGAGGACUACGACUCCGACUCGGACGACGAAGAUUACGAGCCCGACGAGACAGCCAUCGAGUGCUACACGACGCCUCUAGACGACCGGGACUGCCCCGUCGACGAGUACGUCAAGUUCAAGGCCGCGCUCUCAGGCAUAUCGACGACAGAGCCGGCGCUGUACCACGCGCUGACGCAGGUGCUUGACGACGAGCAGCAGAAGCAGCUGAGCGCGGUGCUCGUGCUGGCCGACCAGCGCAAGGCGCAGAUGGACAGCAAGCGCAUCGAGCAGAGCGGCGGUUACUCGUUCACCGUGCCCGCGCAAGUCCCGACCAAGUUCAAGUUCGGCUCGUAAUGGGCGCGCCGCUCGACACGACGCAGUCCGACGUUAGUUAUGCUUAUUUAUUACCACCACUCCGCGGGGCCGAGCGUUCUGAACGCCUGUUAUGUAGUGUUAGCAUUUACAAUGGAAUGUUUCGAUAGGUUACAUAGUGUAUUUUUAUAUUUCUGUUACGAAAAACCCCGAGAUUGAUCGCUUGUAUAGAGGACUACUAGUUUGUUGGUGAAACAGUGUUAAAUAGGGUAUUUUACUAUAAAUGUGAAUGAAUUUGAUUCUUACAAAAUAUUGUGUCCAAAUUUGCCUUAUAAGCUAUUACUAUUUCACAUAUAAAUAAGAAAAAUUUUGAUAUUUCAAAUGAAAAAUCGUUGACGAAUAAUCGCAGGAGCACUUCGUCACGCUACUAUUACAGUUUACUUACGAAGGAUACUUUUUAGUUUGCCACGCAUAGUAAAACACCCUAUUGGAAGCUAACUCGAAUUGAGAAUGAAUGCAGAAGGCUGUUGUAUUUCAUUUCCAUGGUGCAGGCACCGCGCAACUCAUGAACUUUGCAUUUAGCUAUUGAUGAAGUUGGCCGCCGCACGCCCUGGCCUACUAACUUUCGGCUCAUUUGGCGGCCGAUGUAUCUAGACAAAAUGUUUCCAAAAGGGCUUACUUCUCUAUCACAAUCAUACAGAAAUAAGCCUUUGAAAAUACAUCAAAUACUGCUCUCAACUCAUAGGCAAAGAUACAUUGAAUGUACCUGGGUGGCUAGCCGAAUGGCACAAUCGCUCACGAAACGCUCACGAAACGAAGCGCUAGGAGAU